AUGAUAAAAUAUAUUAAAAUUUGCUAUUCAAAAGUUAGAUAUAUCACAAUUUUAUUUCUUUUUUUAAUAAUUUUAGAUCACAUCUAUAUAUUCAAUUUAGUCUAUUAAUUUUAUCAAGAAUUCAGCAAAUUAUAUGUAGUACUCUUUCACUUUGAUCCUCGAACUUUCUAACCAAUCACUGUCGUGGUUCAAUAAAAAGUCUUUGAAAAUGACUUUUGUUAUAGGAUGCUUGCAUAUUAUUUUUAUAGCUUUGUUAUCUUAAACAUUUUUUAAGUUUUUUAUUUUUCUUUUAAUCCAUUAGUAAUUUACUUUAUUUUCAACAACAUUUUCUAAUUACUUAGCCUUUUCUGGUUUUACAUUAUUUAAAAUAUAUUUAAAAAACCCAUUUUUUAUAUUUUUCAUGCAAUUUUAUUGAUACAAAUAUUUAUAUUCAUUUAAUAGAGAUUAAAAUAAUGGGUCGUCAUGUUUCACGUCUUUUAAGUUUUUUUUUAAUGGUUUCUAUUAUUAUAGUGA